GAGCCACUCCUGGGUGGUCUCUAUACUUGUGAUGGGAGAGCAGAUUGCUGUUGGCACACAAAUUGAACGAUGGCAUGUUGAUAAAAAGCUGGGUGAAGGAGGCUUUGGUGCCGUGUACAAAGUAAGCGAUCAGACUGGACAGUAUGCUUUGAAGGUCGAAGGAGUUGACGAGAAAGUUCAAGUAUUGAAAAUGGAAGUAUUUGUCUUAACGACGCUGAUGGAAAGAGGAGGUCGACAUUUUUGUCGCAUCGAGGACAAGGGAAGAUUUGGGAAAUUCAAUUAUAUUGUUAUAACUUUGGUCGGUAAAUCAUUACUGGACCUACGAAAGUCAAUGCCCACAAAUCGCCUCUCCUUGGCAUGUGCUCUUUCCGUUGGCAUCCAGUGCCUGGAAGCUCUCGAAGAUCUACAUGGUAUUGGAUAUUUACAUCGUGAUGUAAAACCUGGAAACUACACAAUUGGAAGACCUGAAGUGAACGAGCUGAGAAAGAUAUAUAUUCUAGACUUUGGAAUGUGCAGAAAAUUUACAAACGAUCAGGGGGUCAUAAGGAAACCACGAGCAGCAGCCGGAUUUCGAGGCACUGUGCGCUAUGCUCCGAUUUCAUGUCAUAUGCAAAGAGAGCUAUGCAGAAAGGACGAUGUAGAAACAUGGGUCUAUCAGCAAGUCGAAUUGACGGUCGGAAGAGUACCAUGGAGAGAAGUGCAAGAUAUAAAUCAGGUUGGAGAAUACAAGAAGCGAUGUCGUCAGCCACCAGGCUUAUAUGAGCUAUUUGCUGCACCAUGUCCGAGAGAGUAUAUUGAGAUUCUGCAACUAGUUGAUUCACUGAAGUACUACGAUCAACCAAACUACGCUCAAAUUUAUGCGCUCUUGCGGAGAGCGCUCCAGAACUGUGGACAGCCUGAAUUUCCAUACGACUGGGAAAAGUAGCUCACAUUUUUGAUAAAACUUUGGACUGAAUAAAUAAAGACGCCUGUACCAGUAAAUAAGCGAAUGAAUAUUCGUUUAAC